CGGCCGCUGCUCCCCUCACUGCCAACAGCCACCAUGGGCUGCUGCUGCAGCUCGGACUACGACGAGGACUGGAUCGAGAACAUCGACAUUUGUGAGCACUGCAAUUACCCCAUCGAGCCCGACAGCAAGCGCCAGAGGCCGAUCCGCAACGGCUCCGAGGUCCGAGACCCUCUGGUGUCCUACGAGUCCUCGUCACCUCCGUGCUCCCCUGUGCAAGACAAGCUGGUGGUGGCCCUGUACAACUACGAGCCCAAGCACGACGGGGACCUGGGGCUGCGGAAGGGGGAGAAGCUCCGUGUGCUGGAAGAGAGCGGGGAGUGGUGGAAGGCGCAGUCGCUCACCACGGGCCAGGAGGGGCUGAUCCCACACAACUUCGUGGCCGUGGUGAACAGCCUGGAGCCCGAGCCGUGGUUCUUCAAGAACAUCAGCCGCAAGGACGCCGAGCGGCAGCUCCUGGCCUCGGGAAACACCCACGGCUCCUUCCUCAUCCGCGAGAGCGAGACCUCCAAAGGCUCGUACUCGCUGUCCGUGCGGGACCUGGACGAGAGCCAGGGAGAGACGGUGAAGCACUACAAGAUCCGGAACCUGGACAGCGGCGGCUUCUACAUCUCCCCCCGCGCCCCCUUCGGCAGCCUCAGGGAGCUGGUGCAGCACUACACACGCAGCUCCGACGGGCUCUGCUGCCGCCUGGGCAAGCCCUGCCGGACGGAGAAGCCGCAGAAGCCGUGGUGGCAGGACGAGUGGGAGGUGCCGCGGGAGUCGCUGAAGCUGGUGGAGAAGCUGGGAGCGGGGCAGUUCGGAGAGGUCUGGAUGGGCUUCUACAACGGGCACACGAAGGUGGCAGUGAAGAGCCUGAAGGCUGGCAGCAUGUCCCCCAGCGCCUUCCUGGCCGAGGCCAACCUGAUGAAGAAGCUGCAGCACCGGCGGCUGGUGCGGCUCUACGCCGUGGUCACCAAGGAGCCCAUCUACAUCAUCACCGAGUUCAUGGAGAAGGGCAGCCUCGUGGACUUCCUCAAGACCACGGAAGGAGUGAAGCUCAGCAUUAACAAACUCCUGGACAUGGCAGCGCAGAUUGCUGAAGGCAUGGCUUUCAUCGAGGCCAAGAAUUACAUCCACAGGGACCUCAGGGCCGCCAACAUCCUCGUCUCGGACACUUUGUGCUGCAAAAUCGCCGAUUUUGGGCUGGCCCGGCUCAUCGAGGACAACGAGUACACGGCUCGGGAGGGGGCCAAAUUCCCGAUUAAGUGGACGGCACCCGAGGCCAUCAACUACGGGACGUUCACCAUCAAGUCGGACGUGUGGUCCUUCGGGAUCCUGCUCACCGAGCUCGUCACCUACGGCCGGAUCCCGUAUCCAGGGAUGACCAACCCCGAGGUGAUCCAGAACCUGGAGCGUGGCUACCGGAUGCCGCAGCCGGACAACUGCCCGGCGGAGCUGUACGAGCUGAUGCGGCAGUGCUGGAAGGAGAGCCCCGAGGAGCGCCCCACCUUCGACUUCAUGAAGAGCGUGCUCGAGGAUUUCUUCACGGCCACCGAGGGCCAGUACCAGCAGCAGCCCUGAGGGCGCUGCUCCGGGGUGCGGACUCCAUGGACAUCACCCCAGGCUGGUGGUGGCGGGGUGAGGGCGGGGGGAUCUCCGUGAGGAUUUGAAGCGCUCCAGAGCUCGGGAGCGGCGGGUUUGACGCCUUCAGGAGGGGCUGCACGGCCAAAGCAGCACCCCGAAGGCCGGGGCGCCGCGCAGCUUGCCCGCCCCGCCGUCCCUGCGCUUCCCCGGGGGGCACAUCCAGGCUCCAGCCCCCCGGGCAAGGGUGGCUGAGCCUGAGGGACCCCUCAGGGUCCCACACCUGUGCCCCCCUUCACCCCCCGGGGAUGGCAGGAGCCCCCCGCGCCCCCGGCAGCGCCGGCCACUGCACCCCUCGGCUGCGGGACGCUCCCUCUCCCCUCAGGGCGUUCGUCCCGCCAUGAUUUCGGGGAAAUAAAGGCCUUUUCAGCGGC